AUGUCGGCAUCAGGUCGUGCUGUUGCUAAACUGGACAUACUGUAUGGCCAGCCAGAGCCCAACAAGGAAAACAACAUGGAUCUGACAAGUUCCAGUGGGUUUCUUCUUGCACUAUGUGCAGUUCUGAACAUGAAGUUCGACCAGUGCCUAUGCGUUAUCGGACUGCUAUGCUCUUCUUUUGUGGCCAUUAAUGCCGCAACCCAUGGUCGCACCUUGCUCACUCCUCUAGGACGAGAAGACAUGCCCCAUGUUCAGUUGGGAAAUUUACUUGCAGCUCGGGUAACGCUCCUGCUGGUCGCCUUGGAAGCAAUUGGUGCGGCGUGGAUGGUGGAACAGCCAAUCUCUAGCUUGGCUUGGUAUCAUCCUAGGCUACGAGAAAUCUUGAGGAAUUUCCCCAAGGUCUUUGUAUGCCGGUGGUGGAUGGGCCACUACAUGUCAUGCACCCCGAAGAGGCACAUUUGCUGGGCCAAUUGCCGGAAAAUUGGAGGUCUGGACAAGGGGCCCAUGACAGCUGAACAACGAAAGGAGAUCCGCAAAACCGGGGUAAAGAGUGCCAAGGUCAAGGUGAAUAGGUCUGGAAAAAAGUCCUACACCGGGACUUCCAAGCUUCGUGGCACAGGGACAUACCCUCCACACUUUGGCCUACGUAUGGUGAAAUUGUUCCCGCACAGUGGCGUUCAUCUUUCCCUGACCAUUUGUGAUCUAUAUCAUGCUCGCGAAGUGAGCCAUGUUGUCCUAAUAACAUGA